UGCCCCCCCCCCCCCCCCCCUUCUCCAAAGACGAGCUUGGGUGCUCGCGGAGGCUGUUUGUAUUACGAGGAACGACGAGGUUUCCCCACAGAUUCCACAAAGUCCAUCCGGGUGGAAAAGAAGACCCUUAUUUGGGAGAUAUAGUGGAGACUUGUGAAAUGUUGCUGCGUGUUUUUUUAAUGGCAUUACCAGGCGGCGGCGACAGAGCGUCCAAACCAGGCUAAACUAAACUACGUUGUCGUGACGACGUCCUAACUUGGCUUUUCAUCGGGGUUUUUUUUUUUACUGCCUCACUCUCGGAAUAACAUUUGACAGCAUCAAACGUUUAUUUUAAUCCUCGUGUCAAGUCAGCGGUGGGACGACUGGAUUUUAAAAUUUGCGACGGCUAUCCUAAACAAGCAACAAGCGAGCGAGAGGACCGAGCCACAUCCACGCCAACGCGGAUUAAUCAGGGUCACCGGCGGAGGAAUCCAGAGGACGAAGCUAAUGCUCGAGCUAUCGUCGAGCUGAGCCACAUCCGCACAAGCGCACACGAUCUGAGAUUGGCCUACACCGAGCUAAGAGCAAGCUGGCGAGUAACCCUAACUCGCACUACCGCGGUCUGUUUUUUGCCUCACUGUGACCAGCGGUCGUGGCACCUGCGGUGGAUUCGAGCGGACUAGCGCCUUUAGCCUCGUGAGCUAACCGCGAGUGUGGGAGCCGAGCCACAUCCGCAGCAGUGCGGAUUGAUUUCAGUCCACUCGGCGGUAAAAGCUAGAGCAGACAGGCUAAUGAUAGCCUAAGUGAGUACUGCAGAUUGAUUUUGACGUCACCCAGCGCAGUGCUCGGAGCACCGGCGGAGGGAUUUAGCGGAGCAGCUCGCGUUAGCCCAGGAGCUACUAGCUAGCGAGCGAGCCGAGUCGCAUCCGCACGAACUCUGGUUGAGUUUGUCGUCACCCGGUGGGACAAGCUAACGGACUGGCUAAUGUUAUCUUAACCUGCCAGCCCGAGCCCCAUCCACGCGAACACUGAUUUUCGACGUCACCCGAAGCGGCGUACUGGUCGGCGGCGGAGGAAUCCAGCGGACUAGCUGGCGUUAGCCCAACCGAGCUCUCGGCUAACGAGUGAUAUCCGAGCCACAUCCGCGCCAGCGCGGACCGCUUUUGACGUCGUGUCCGCCGACACAUGACGUCCGCCAGUUAAAGUUAGCAGCGCUUUCGUGCCACCGCCACCGCCACCCCUAAGCGGUGUUGUUUUCCAGAGCGAACAUGGCCACCAGCGGCUAUUCGGACCUACGCGACAAGCUGCGGUCGAUGCCGCCGGGCCGGGACGACUACCAGGCGAGCAACGGCGGCGCGGGGCGAAAGCGGCGCCGCCGGGAGUCCGACGACGACGAGUGCGGCGAUCACAGCGACGACAGCGGCGAACUCCGCGAGCAGGAGGCCCACCGGGUGCGCAGCAGCGUCCUCCAGAAGAGCAUCUUCGCGCCGGAGGAGUGCGCGCGCAUCGAGGAGAAGAUCGACGAGGUGGUGGCCAAGGCGGAGGCCGGACUGUAUCGCGAGCACACGGUGGACCGCGCGCCGCUGCGCAACAAGUACUUCUUCGGCGAGGGCUACACGUACGGCGCGCAGCUGGAAAAGCGCGGCCCGGGCCAGGAGAGGCUCUACCGCAAGGGCCAGGUGGACGACAUCCCCAGCUGGGUGCACGAGCUCGUCAUCCAGCGGUUGGUGUCCGCCGGCGUCAUCCCGGAGGGUUUCGUCAACAGCGCCGUCAUCAACGACUACCAGCCGGGCGGCUGCAUCGUCUCGCACGUGGACCCGCUGCACAUCUUCGCGCGGCCCAUCGUGUCCGUGUCCUUCUUCAGCGACAGCGCGCUCUGCUUCGGCUGCCGCUUCCAGUUCAAGCCCAUCCGGGUGUCCGAGCCCGUCUUCGUGCUGCCCGUCCACCGCGGCAGCGUCACGGUCCUCAGUGGCUAUGCUGCUGACGACAUCACCCACUGCAUCAGACCUCAGGACAUCAAGGAGAGGCGAGCGGUCAUCAUCCUGAGGAAAACCAGACCCGAUGCUCCCAGACUGGACUCCGACAGCCCUUUAAGGUCGACCCCGGUGGAGCGGGCGCCCGCCCUCAAAGCAAAGCGCUCGCAUCGCAAGGCCGACCCGGACGCCGCUCACAGGCCGCGCGUGCUGGAGAUGGACAAGGAGGAGAACCGGCGGCCGGGCGGCCAGCGGCGCCACGGCGCGUCGGCGGACGAGCACAGGAAGCGCGACGCGAACGACGACAAGCACCGCGAGAGCUCGUCACGCAAAGUCAAAAUGCGCCGCCACUGAGGGGCCCGCCGAUGGCUUUCUUCCGUUUUUUUUUUUUUUUUUUUUUAACUCUUUGGUCGGUUUAGCAGGAGAGCAGACGGGGCGUGUUUGUGUUCUGAAGAUGUACAUACCUUCGAAAGCUGCUUGGACAUAAGGAAAAGCCCAACUGUCAAAUAACAUUUGUCUUAGUCUCGAAGCCUUUUUGGUCUUCUUUUGGCCCGACAUUUCGCACCUUUUCAGGUUUGUUUCUCAGCCUCGGGCAGUAGAGGAGGAUUGAAAACUUGGGCCUCCUUCCUUGAUUGGCUUCUUUUCUCGAUUAAAGCACAACCUUCCUCAG